UGGGAAGGCAAGAUGCAGGCACUGCCAUUCAACAUGCACUCAGCUGUCCUGGCUGCCUUCCUUUUCUUGAGCUGGACUCGCUGUGGGUCCCUGCCACUGCGCGAUGGCGAUGAUAGUGAUGAUUUAUCCGAGGAAGACCUCCAGCUUGCAGAGCACUACUUGAAAUCAUACUAUCAUCCUGUGAAUCUUGCCGGAAUCCUGAAGAAGGCAGCAGUGACCUCCACGGUUGAAAGGCUCCGAGACAUGCAGUCUUUCUUUGGCCUAGAAGUGACUGGCAAACUUGAUGAUCCCACCUUAGACAUCAUGAGAAAACCAAGAUGCGGUGUCCCUGAUGUGGGUGAAUACAAUGUUUUCCCUCGAGCUCUCAAAUGGACCCAAACGAAUUUAACUUACAGAAUUGUGAACUACACACCUGAUAUGUCCCAUUCUGAAGUGGAGAAGGCCUUCAAAAAAGCCUUCAAAGUCUGGUCUGAUGUGACACCCCUGAAUUUCACCCAAAUCCACGAGGGCACAGCUGAUAUCAUGAUAUCUUUUGGAACUAAAGAGCAUGGUGACUCCUACCCAUUUGAUGGGCCUUCUGGUCUUCUGGCACAUGCUUUUCCUCCUGGACCAAAUUAUGGAGGAGAUGCUCAUUUUGAUGAUGAUGAAACCUGGACAAGCAGUUCCAAAGGGUACAACUUGUUCCUUGUUGCUGCCCAUGAGCUCGGCCACUCCCUAGGUCUGGACCACUCCAGAGACCCAGGUGCCCUGAUGUUUCCCAUCUACACCUACACUGGGAAAAGCCAUUUCAUGCUUCCUAAUGAUGAUGUACAAGGAAUCCAGUCUCUCUAUGGUCCAGGUGAUGAAGACCCCAACCCUAAACAUCCCAAAACACCAGACAAAUGUGACCCUGCCUUAUCCCUUGAUGCCAUUACCACUCUCCGAGGAGAAACCAUGAUCUUUAAAGACAGAUUCUUCUGGCGUCUGCACCCUCAGCAGGUCGAUGUCGAGCUGUUUUUAACAAAAUCAUUUUGGCCAGAACUUCCCAACCGUGUGGACGCUGCAUAUGAGCAGCCUUCCCGUGACCUCAUGUUCAUCUUUAGAGGUAGAAAGUUUUGGGCUCUUAAUGGUUAUGACGUUCUGGAAGGUUAUCCCAAAAAAAUAUCUGAACUGGGAUUUCCAAAAGAUGUUAAGAAGCUAAGUGCUGCCGUUCACAUUGAGAACACAGGCAAGACCCUCUUCUUCUCAGGAAACCAGGUGUGGAGUUACGAUGAUGCUAACCAGACUAUGGACAAAAACUAUCCCCGACUCAUAGAAGAGGAAUUCCCAGGAAUCGGUGAUAAAGUAGAUGCUGUCUAUGAGAAAAAUGGUUAUAUCUACUUUUUCAACGGCUCCAUACAGUUUGAAUAUAGCAUCUGGGGUAGCCGCAUUGUGCGCGUCAUGACGACAAAUUCCUUAUUGUGGUGUUAAAGUUCUUUUUAAAAUUGUUAUUUAAAUCAUGGAGAGUAUUUGAGAUAAUCCUUUCAGAUAUGUGGGGUGGGGGUUGGGAGAUAUAUCAGGGGAAAGCUUAGUUCUGUGAACAAGCUUCAGAAAGUUCUUUGAUUAUGCUAUAUCUAUAUGACCUUGCGUGGCUGGAACCACAUUGAAGACUUUUAAAGUAAUAAAACUGCGCACCUCCAAGAAUCACCUGAUUCUUGUGGGCUAUGCAGAAACAAUAGUUGAUAUUUUUCACACCAAAAAUGGGAUAUAUGGUUUGUUGAUGAGAGUGAAGAUAAUUUUUAAUAUAUUUAUGAGGAAGCCUACAAAGGCCUAAAAGUAAAUAUUUAUAUAAUUAUGAAUCAUCUUUGAAAAACAAAUAUAAACAUGGAAAUUUGGGGUAGUGUCUAGUAGCCAUAAAUAAACACAGAUAAAGAGAAAUAUCUGCAAAAUGCAUAUUAGUAGACAACUUUCCAAAGGAGUAAUUUGAGCUUUGCACUGUGAAUAUUCCGAUUUACAUCCACCUUCUCACACAAACACCGAGAAAUUAUCAAAGUUGCUAAAGGAAGGAGAUACAGACCUCUGUGAGGUCAGGAGAGGUGGCUGUGCUCUCUGUUUAAUUUCCAUCUUGGCCAUGACUCAGGGCCCAUUUCAAAUAAGACAGUAUUCCUUUGCAUAUUGGUAGAAGAUAGAGACAAUUUCUUUUUUAGUAAAAGAUUUUAGGUCUUUGAAAUGUCAUACAUUAAAAAAUUAAAACUUAUAAAAACCCAGGAAAUAAUGUAAAGUUUUCAUAAAUAUUUAAUUAUUUAAGUCUAAAACUAGUGUUCCAACCCUAUUUUUUUUACUUAGUUAAUUGUCCAAUUUUGAUACAAAGAGUAUUUUCUAAUGACUUGUAUGUCAGGAACUAAGAUAUUAUAAGUGGAUGUGCUAAAAACAAAGACAUCCAAAAUAAAGAAAGCAGUUAACUGGACUGUAAUCUUUUUAAGAUGUCAGUCUAUGCGUUUCCCCUCUGCCUUCAUUUUUAAAAUUAUUUGGUACUUUUUAUAGUGCCUGAUACUUGGCACUUACUGAAUAUCUGAGUGACCACUCCGAGAAGAACCAUUGUGCUGAGAGAUAAUGUUCAUAACAACACACGCAAAGGAAACAUGUAUUUGCUUAAUGAAAUAGAGUGUGUUUAUGUCGUUUCUAAUAAAAGAUUUUCAACAGA